AUGGAUGCUUCGGACCCCAAGCAGGCCAUGACUGAAACUAGCAGCAGGUCGGAUGCAGAUACGUUGGAUUCCCAAAGCUAUGGACGGCAGCUGGAAGAGGUUCGGAUUUCCAAUACGCAGGGCAACGCCUCGUUUCAUAAUGGUGUCGAUGUCUCAGCGGCCGAGAAGGAGUUUGAGGAAUUGAACAGACAGUUCUCUAGCAUCUCGCACCAAGCCUAUAGACUGUCGAGGCAGAUCUCACGAGUGUCAAAGACCGGAACUACUGCACACGAUAUUGAGAAAGCUGAGGGCUCCACUUCGUCGGACGAUUCGUGGGAUCUGGAGACAACGCUGCAUGGCGAUCAUGUUGCCUCGGAAGAAGCUGGGAUCAAGGACAAGCAUAUAGGUGUGAUCUGGGACAAUCUCACAGUCCGUGGCAUGGGCGGCGUCAAGACAUAUAUCAAAACAUUCCCCGACGCCAUCAUCGAUUUUCUCAAUGUCCCGGGAAUAAUCAUUGAUCUUUUUGGAUGGAAGAAGACAGGCCAGGAGUUCAACAUCUUGGAAGGCUUCCGUGGUCUCACUCGGCCGGGUGAGAUGGUCCUGGUUCUUGGGCGUCCAGGGUCGGGUUGUACGACCUUCCUAAAAGCGAUCUCAAAUCAACGGUUUGGAUAUACUGGGGUCGACGGUGAGGUGCUCUAUGGGCCUUUUGAUCACGAGGCAUUUGCCAAAAGAUUCCGUGGUGAAGCCGUGUACAACCAAGAGGAUGAUAUUCACCAGCCAACCUUGACGGUGAAACAGACCCUGGGAUUCGCCCUCGACACAAAGACCCCUGGAAAACGCCCACUAGGUGUGUCGAAGGCCGAGUUCAAGGAGAAGGUGAUUAACUUGCUUUUGAAAAUGUUCAAUAUCGAGCACACUGCCAACACUGUGAUCGGCAACCAGUUUAUUCGUGGUGUCUCUGGAGGUGAGCGGCGCCGAGUGUCGAUUGCGGAAAUGAUGAUCACGUCUGCCACUGUAUUGGCUUGGGAUAACAGCACUCGUGGUCUGGAUGCCUCGACUGCCCUUGAUUUUGCCAAGUCGCUACGGAUUUUGACCAACAUUUACAAGACGACCACUUUCGUGUCACUUUACCAGGCAUCCGAGAACAUUUACAAGCAGUUUGACAAGGUUCUCGUUAUUGAUAGUGGCCGGCAAGUAUUCUUCGGUCCUGUAUCCGAAGCGCGAUCAUAUUUCGAAGACCUCGGUUUCCGCGAAAAGCCCCGCCAGACCACUCCAGACUACUUGACGGGUUGCACUGAUCCUUUCGAAAGGGAGUUCAAAGAUGGAAGAACCGCUGAUGAUGUGCCGUCGACUCCCCAAGCGCUCGUAGAUGCCUUUGACAAGUCAAUCUUCAGCGAGACGCUCGCUCAGGAAAUGCAAGCAUACCGAGCUCAAAUUCAGAAAGAAAAGCAAAUUUACGACGACUUCGAAAUUGCCAACAGAGAAGCAAAGCGCAAGUUCACGUCUGACUCGUCCGUGUACUCAAUUCCCUUCCAUUUGCAAAUCUGGGCCUUGAUGCAACGGCAGUUUCUCCUCAAAUGGCAAGACAAAUUCGCUCUGACUGUUUCUUGGAUUACCUCCGUCGGUAUUGCCAUCGUUCUGGGUACUGUCUGGCUUGAUCAACCCAAGACGAGUGCUGGCGCUUUCACUCGGGGUGGUCUCUUAUUUAUGAGUCUGCUGUUCAACGGCUUCCAAGCAUUUUCGGAACUUGCGGCCACAAUGCUUGGACGUUCAAUCGUUAACAAGCAUCGCUCGUUCACAUUCUACAGACCGAGUGCACUGUUUAUUGCACAACUGCUCGUUGAUGCUGCGUUUGCUACUGCUCGAAUUCUAGUCUUCAGUAUCAUCGUAUACUUUAUGUGUGGUCUAGUCCUUGAUGCCGGAGCAUUCUUCAUAUUUGUCCUGAUCAUUCUCGAGGGCUAUUUGACGAUGACAGUUUUCUUCCGAACUGUUGGAUGUCUCUGCCCGGACUUUGAUUAUGCCCUCAAGUUUGCAUCUCUCAUCAUAACCUUCUUUGUCUUGACAUCGGGAUAUCUCAUCCAGUGGUCUAGCGGCCAGGUAUGGUUGAGGUGGAUCUACUUCAUCAAUCCUUUCGGACUUGGGUUUGCCUCGUUGAUGGUAAAUGAGUUCAGACACCUAACCCUAACAUGUACGAAAGACUCUCUGGUUCCAAGUGGCCUUGGCUAUGACGACAUGGCGCACCAGGCGUGCACUCUAGCGGGUGGUGAACCUGGCUCGGCAAUCAUUCCAGGCUCUAACUAUAUUGCACAAACAUUCAGUUAUCUCAACGGAGAUCUUUGGAGAAACUUUGGAAUUAUGCUCGCCUUGAUUAUUGGCUUCCUUUGUUCAAACCUAUACUUCGGGGAAACCCUUCACUUCGGCGCAGGUGGCAAGACUAUCACUUUCUACCAGAAGGAGAAUGCCGAGCGCAAGGAGCUGAAUGAGAGAUUGAUGCAAAAGAAAGCACAAAGGCAGGCAAAGACACUUGAUGCAGAUGCAGGAUCGAGCCUUGAUAUUACCUCCAAGUCUGUGUUCACUUGGGAAGAUAUCUGUUACGAAGUGCCUGUGCCCUCUGGCACCCGGCAACUUCUGAACUCCGUCUACGGCUAUGUUCAACCAGGGAAGCUGACGGCACUUAUGGGUGCAUCCGGUGCAGGAAAGACGACAUUGCUGGACGUCCUGGCCGCACGGAAAAAUAUCGGUGUAAUAACCGGUGAUAUUCUGGUUGAUGGCAAACCCCCAGGUACCUCCUUCCAAAGAGGCACAUCUUACGCCGAGCAACUCGAUGUUCAUGAAGAUAUGCAGACGGUACGCGAGGCACUACGCUUCUCUGCGGACCUACGCCAGCCAUUCGACACCCCACAAUCGGAGAAGUACGCAUAUGUUGAAGAAAUCCUGACCCUUCUAGAGCUGGAGAAUUUAGCAGAUGCGAUCAUCGGCACUCCCGAAACUGGUCUCUCAGUCGAGGAAAGGAAGCGAGUCACAAUUGGUGUGGAGCUGGCGGCAAAGCCCGAGCUCCUGCUAUUCUUGGAUGAGCCUACUUCUGGUUUGGAUGGGCAGUCAGCCUGGAAUAUUGUGCGUUUCCUUCGAAAACUGGCCGCAUCAGGCCAGGCUAUCCUCUGCACUAUCCACCAACCGAACUCUGCUCUUUUCGAAAGCUUCGAUCGUCUUGUUCUACUACAAAGAGGAGGUGAAUGCGUUUACUGCGGCGACAUCGGCGCGGAGUCUCAGGUCCUCUUGGAUUAUUUCCACCGCAAUGGAGCCGACUGCCCGCCGGAUGCGAACGUAGCUGAGUGGAUGCUUGAUGCCAUCGGUGCUGGUCAAACGCGUCGGAUCGGAAAUCGCGACUGGGGUGAUAUCUGGCGCACCUCUCCUGAAUUACAAAAUGUCAAAGAAGAGAUUGUUCGAAUUAAGGAAAGCCGUACUCAAGCUGUACUGGAAAGCCAUGACGAGAGCAACAUGGAGAGGGAGUAUGCCUCGCCUCUCUGGCACCAGAUCAAGGUAGUCUGUCGACGAACGCAUCUAUCCUUCUGGCGCUCAAGGAACUAUGGCUUUACCAGGCUUUAUACUCACGUUGUCAUUUCCAUCAUCACGGGUCUUGUUUUCCUGAAUCUCGAUGACUCUCGAUCCUCGCUGCAAUACCGUAUCUUCGUUAUUUUCAACGUUACCGUCCUCCCGGCUAUCAUCCUACAGAUGGUUCAACCGCGGUACGAUAUGGCACGAUUAAUCUUCUAUCGCGAGUCAGCUUCAAAAACAUACAGCCAAUUCGCAUUCGCUCUGUCAAUGGUCGUCGCAGAAAUACCAUACAGUCUCCUGUGUGCUGUCUGUUUCUUCGCACCUCUCUACUACAUCCCCGGAUUCCAGAUGGAGUCCAGCCGCGCGGGCUACCAAUUUCUCAUCAUUCUCAUCACCGAGAUGUUCUCCGUCACUCUGGGCCAGAUGAUUUCAGCUCUCACGCCCAACAGCUUCAUUGCAUCACAAUUCAACCCACCGAUCGUAGUCAUCUUCUCGCUCUUUUGUGGUGUCUCCAUCCCCAAACCACAGAUGCCAGGUUUCUGGCGCGCAUGGCUUUACCAGCUCGAUCCUUUCACUCGUUUGGUCGGCGGAAUGGUCGUCACAGAGCUGCAAGGCCGGGAUGUCGUAUGCACGGAAUCAGAACUGAAUCUGUUCGACGCUCCCUCCAAUAUGACUUGUGGUGAAUAUAUGAAGCCAUUCUUUGAACGAGGCGGUAAUGGAUAUAUUGUCGAGAACGCGACGCAGAGUUGCAAGUACUGUGCGUACAAGAUUGGCGAGCAGUUCUAUGCGACAUUCAGCAUGUCCUUUGAUAACCGGUGGCGGGACUUGGGCAUUCUUGCUGCGUUCAUUGGAUCUAAUUUGAUUAUUUUGUUCUUUGCGGUAAGUGGUGAUAUUCGCAGCAUUCUGUUUGGAGUUGUGGUGCCGGUACUAAUUGGUUUCGCUGCAGUCUCGCUACUUGAACUUCAACCGACGAUGAAUAAUGUCAUGGUUUUGUGGAUUCUUUGGGAGAUUGAGAGAUUUUCAAAUGGGGAUGAGUGA